UUUUUGCUUUUCCUACUUCACCAAAACUAUCUACCACUCGUCAGGCUCAAGUCUUCUUCUGUUCUUCUAAUAAUGUCUAUCUGGGCUGAUCCGCCAACCUACUUCGAGCGACGGGAUGAUUACGAGGCCUUCGUUGAAAAGUUGGAAGCGUUCCCCUACAAGUGGAAGGUGGGUGAACGUAAGGAACCUAAACGGAUUGGCUUCAGUUGUUCCGGGGAACCUGUGAUGGAGCGGGAAAUCAUAUGGGAUUGUGUAUAUGCGCCUAAUUGUCGUGCGAAGAUUCGUACUCGCAAAUGGACCUGCUGUGGACGCUACAUUGGAGGGGAAAUGCGGACGGCCAUAGCGAAACACCUCACCCAAAAGCUAGGAGCCCCUCGGGUGUUGACAAAUACCUGGAUGGUGAAGAAGGGGAAAAUUUUCUUAUAA